AUGGGACUGGUCUGCUUCUGCUGCCCGGGCAUGUUCCGGGCACUCUCCGGGAUGGGCGGCGGCGGGCAGGUGGACCCCACCGCCGCCAACAACGCCAACACCGCCCUCUACGCCGCCCUCGCCGUCUUCUGCGUGGUCGGCGGCGGCCUGUUCAACGUCGCCGGGCCCCGGCUCAUGCUCCCCGCCGGGUGCAUCACCUACGCGCUCUACGCCUGGUCCUUCCUCUACUACAACCACACCCGGGACCAGACGGUCAUCGUCGUCGCCGGCGGGAUUUUGGGAGUCGGCGGCGGGAUGCUGUGGUCGGUGCAGGGAGCGGUGCUGACUUCGUACCCACCGCCGGAGAGGAAGGGGGCGUACAUCUCGAUGUUUUGGGUGAUAUUCAGCUCCGGCGGGGUCGUCGGCGGGCUGAUUCCGUUCUCGUUGAACUUCCACCGGGCGGCGGAUUCGGUUAACGACGCCACGUACAUUGUUUUCAUUGUCUUCAUGGUUGCAGGCACAAUUCUUUCGAUCGCCAUCCUCCCGAAAAACCAGCUCCUCCGCGACGACGGCAGCCGGUGCACAUCCACCGCCCACUCCAACCCCGCCACGGAGGCGGUCGAGCUCCUGAAGCUCUUCACCAACUGGAAGAUGCUCCUCCUGGCUCCGGCCGCCUGCGCCAGCAACUUCUUCUACACCUACCAGUUCAACAACGUCAACGCGGCCCAGUUCACCACCAGAACCCGCGGCCUCAACAACGUCUCCUACUGGGGGGCCCAGAUGGUGGGCUCCACCGCCAUCGGCCACGUCUUCGACCUGGACCUGGGCCUCAAGAGGCCCAACAACAAGAGAAGGCACCAGGGCUUCCUCGGGAUCGGGACCGUGUUCCUCGUCAGCACCGCGAUCUGGGCCGGCGGGUUCGCGAACCAGCUGAACUACUCGUUCGCCGACAUGCCCCAGCCCAAGCUCGACUUCAUGGACUCCGGGCCCAAGUUCGCCGGGCCGUUUCUGCUGUACUUUGGGUACGGGCUUCUGGAUGCGAUUUUUCAGAGCAUGAUUUACUGGGUGAUUGGCGCGCUGGCGGAUGACUCGAAAGUUUUGAGCCGGUACGUUGGGUUCUACAAAGGAGUGCAGAGCGCCGGCGCGAGCCUGGCGUGGUGGCUCGACGCCCGGAGGGUUCCGAUGAUGGCUCAGUUGGUCGUGAACUGGGCGCUGUCGACGGCGAGUUUUCCGUUGCUUGUGGUGUUGGUGGCGCUGGCUGUUAAAGAUGAGCAGAAAGGAGAGCAAAAGGAAGAAGAAAAUGGCAAGUCCAUAGAGGAGAAAGCAGCCAGAGUAGUACCAUAG